AUGAAAGAACUCAUUGAAAAAUGCAAAAGACGUCUCAAGAAGAACAACGACGCGGGUCCUCUAAAACUAGACACCGUUCUUGUCUUUAAAAUCUUGGGUACAAGUGUUAAGCAAAUGGCCAGGGAAAUCAGCACUGUAAGGGAUUACGAGUGUUAUACAUUCCAGGAGGAUUGCUUUACAAUCAACGACCACUUCUUCAAAAUCACAGAGCUACAUUUUUUGGUUAACGAAGAACAAGACUUUCUUGAGGACUCCAGCGUUCUCGAGGAUGCCCGUCUGCUGACCGGAGUGACAUCAUUCGGUUUGGGCCCAGACCUUGAAAGAAGAGUGGUGGUUUUUGAAGUUUGGCAUACUUCAGUCACAUAUUGGUGGUCAGAUUAUGAGAUGCCCAUGCCUACAAUAGGUGGCUGCUUCUUGGUAACGGGAGAUGAGAGAAAACUCAUUCAGGGCCCAAAGUUCCCAAUGUCGCAUCUGCUUUAUGGAGUUGGGUCAGAGGUGCCAGCUGACUCGAGUCACAGAGUUUAUGAUGAUGUCUCGAUCAGUCUCAAAGCUGACUUUGUCAAACCGUCUUGGUUCAUUCAAAGAGAGUACCAUCGAAUUGUGACGCCUGGCAUGUCUGUUCCCGACAUUGUUCCUUUACAAAUUGAUAUAAGUGGUGUGUCAGAUAUAAAGGAUGUGUCACUGGAACCUAUUCUCGUAUCCGAAAUAAGCAUUCAGUUGGAGGAAUUCACUAGCGUAUGGAGAGAUGGAAAAUUUUUCAAAGAAGUUCGUUCGAAGACCUUGCUUGAAAACAAAUCCACUGGUCUUGUUUACGAUUGUGGAGCAACAUUCAUCAUUCCACCCAAGCUGUACAAUUGCAAGCUUCCAGAGGUGGGUCCGAGUUUCUUUUCCCAAAGCUUCACGAGAAGCUAUGGCUUGAGAUUAAAAAUCAUCCUUUUCAACGAAAGCCUCUCAGAAGUAACGUUAUCCACAUUUUUUGAGUUGAAUAUGGCGAGAGUGAAGUACGAGCGGCUCAAAGAAAGUGAUAUUCACGACGACGAACGCUACCUUGGGGAGAAGCGUGAUGUGAAGAGAAUGUCGUUCGUCUCGGCGUUAGUGGGACUCCUGGUGUUCUUUGCAGUUCCUACUGGUUUUGCCUGGCAUAGCCAUUAUACGAUGUUCGAUAAUGAAGGUUUCACGAUUCCUUCAUUAAAAACGUACCGGGCCACUUUUUCCGAAGACCCCAACGUGUUGAACGAAACUCAUGCUUUCCUGUCAAGUGCGUUGGAGGCCAAUCAAAGCAGCGCAAUGAAGGCCCUCCAUUUCUCUGAAGGUCUCAAUGGUGACACAUUAGAAACCUUCCGGGCCGAAGGCAAGAAACUUAAAAGCGAGACCAACGAGCUCAAAUUUUGUACGCCAGGCACUAUAAAGAAGUGGGAUGAUUACUCAAAGAGGAUUGAAGAGUACACAAAACAAGGGCUUCCCAGAUUCAUGACGCUCAGUCUGACUUCACGCAUGGUGAAGGAUCUUUCAGGGGAAGAGAUCGCUCAAUUAAAGAUACUUCAGCCUUACUAUUUGACUCCGCAUCAGAGACAUGCUCACAAGGAAGGAUGCAAGGAGGCUAUUGACUUCAUCGGAAAAAAUUUCUCCAAAAACCCCGUGAUGAGCUCCAGAAGAAGAAUCAAUAAGGCCAGGCUGGCGGCACGUGCCAAACAGCCCUUGGUGGACUUGGACGCCUUGGCCUCCAAUGUUAGACCCUCUGAUUCGCCGGCUCCAUCCACUGACACGUCGGACCAGCCGGCUCCAGGACCCCCACCUAGAAGGGCUAGACCUCCACAGUCACAGAACCUAGAAAGUUCGGCUUCGGAAAGCAAAUCCACCGAAGGUCCACCUCCACGUAGAGGAGCUGUGAAACCGCCAACGAGUGCCAUCGACCAGCCUCAGCCUGUGCUAGGCGAAUCGGAGCACAUUGAGCACAGCGAUAACAGGAGCGAAUUGCCAUGGGGCCAUUCGCCCGAAUGGCAGCGUCGUGAAGCUCAGAAUCAGGAGCAGAACGAAGAGGAGCUGAAUCAGCAGUUGGAAGAUACACCCCAGGACUGGGAGCUGAACCAGCCAUCGUGGCAGCAGCACCACGAUCAGCAGCAUCAAUACCACCAGCAGCUGUCUGCCAGCGACCAGCAACAAGAACAUGUCCAGGAGGACCACUCCUCGCUUCCGCGGGGUAACCCUCCAUUCGAUGUGCCUUGGGACGACAACCAGAACACAGACUUGAACCAGCAUCAGCCACCUCAGCAUGAAAACUUCAGCCACCACGGCUCCUUGCCCUUGCCACCAGACGAAGAUAUUCAGGACGAUGAUGGCUCCGGGUGGGACGCAUACACGAAUAUUGAGCUUGAGGAGAGCCAGCAGCUACAGGCAGCGCAGGCGGAACAAGAGCACGGAGGUGAAGCCCAGAACCCCUACGAAACUCAAGAUCAGCAAUAUUGGCAGCACGAAGCGGCGAACCAAGACAACUGGGAUCAAGCAGGCGAAAACCAGGCUCCCGAAGAGGCUAAUGAGAAAGACCCAUGGGACCAGGACGACGAUCUUGGGGAUGAUCCAUGGGAUCAGGACGUGAAUUUGGAUGCUGAACAGAAGAAUGAUGCAUGGGAUCCAGAGGCAGGACACCCUCCUCAAGAAGAGCAUCAUAAUCAAUGGGAUCAGGAGGCAGAGCAGGUGGCCCAUGAAGAGCAGCAUAAUCAAUGGGAUCAGGAGGCAGAGCAGGUUGCCCAUGAAGAGCAGCAUGAGCCAUGGGACCAAGAAGCUGCGCCAGAACAUGCCAACGAAGCUCAAUGGGAAGGCUACAAUGAACCCACGGUUCACGCAUGGGACCCCGAAGCUGUGAACGAAAGCGAGCAACAAGCGCCAUGGGACCACGAGGCUCAUGCCGGCAAUGCGUGGAAUCCAAAUGACGAGCCCGAGGCUCCUGAAGAUCCUUGGGAUGAAAACGCUGCAAAUGAGGCAAACGAAGACCCUUGGGACCAGCAAACUCCAUAUGAUGGAGAGAUCGAGAAAGAUGUCAGAGCGGGCUUUGAUCAAGAGAGAACCGACGAGAAUGUCAACUACGAACAACAGCUCGAUCAGCAAUUCCAGCAUGAGGAAUCUCACCAAAACCUUGAUGAUGAACCUCUUCCUUGGGACAGUAAUCAAGCAGACGAACCCAAUGAAUACCCAUUUGAGCAUGAGCAACAGGCACCAUUAGAAGGUCAACACGAGGAGCCAUUUAAUCAUGACAACUUUCAGUCUGAGGCUCCACAACACGGGUAUGAUUCUCAAGCUGACAAUGUUGCUGAGCCCGACUCACAGUUUUUCGACGAACUUGCCCCACAACCUGCUACCCAUGAUGAGCAAGAACAACUGCAAGACUUUUGGACUAAUGGCGAGUCCAAUCAACUUCAAUCAGAAGAACAACCACAAAAGGAUGAGACCGGCCUUGAUAGCAUGUUGGGCGACGACGACUUCCUCGGUGAAAGUGAAUCGCCUGACCCACAACCUUUAGACGAGCCACAACACGCUCAUUACGAUACAGUCAUUCACCACGGUGUCGAACAAGCGCAGGAAGCAGACGAAAGCUUGAACAAUAAACUGAGGGCAUUGGAAAUGCUCGACAUGGAUGAAGACUUGCUUUUGGACGAAGAGUUCCUUGAAGAUGAAGAGCAAAUCACACAGCCCACUCAGGCAAAUGUGCAGCAGCCAUCCCAGCAGGUCACUCAACCAGCUCAACAGGCAGCUCCCCAGGUAACAACUCAGACACAAAAGCAGUCUUCAAAGUAUGCUCCAACGCUGAAAUAUGCCCCUACGACCGCCCCUGCGCCUGGCGGAAACCCAUAUGCACCAAAGGAUGUUGAGCAGCCAAAAUCUGGCCUUGUUACUGCAGUCAAACCAUCAGGGCCAACCAUUGAGCCUAGAAAGCAUGCAGUGGCCGAGGUCGCUGCUCAUGCACCAACGAUACCCAAGGCUGAGGAUAAGAUCAAAGAACAGCUCAAUGCUGCUAAGAAGAAGAAUGAUGCGUACGAUUUCCCAAUGGGUUUGGUUAAACCUCCUACUAGAGCUCCUAGAGCUGCAGCUAAGCUGAACCCAUCAUCGGUAACAUCUCCAUUGGUGAACCAAGCAGGUAUGGCUCCACCUGGAAACGAAAGAGUUUCAUCAAUCACCUCGCCAAACGUCACAUCAUCUAGUUUGAGUCCUGCUGCUCCUCCAGUGAAGAAGAAUUUCUUCGAGGAGUAUCCACCAAAUGCUAUCAAGCCUUCCUCGAGGCCCGGAAGAGCUGCUGCUUCGUCUUAUACCCCUCAGCCAACCAACGAAGACGCCAAUCAGUCUCUUAGAAAUGCAUCUAGUCCUUCUGUCGGCCAUGCAUUGCCCACCAAAUCACCAAAGAAUCCUUAUGCCGCAUUGCAGCCUAAGAACUCACAGACAGUGGCACACAUCCCACAGCCUGUCAUAGGAAACGUUCCACCUGGUCCCAAUAAGUACCAGCCGAACACGCAGGUUCCACCAGGAAUGUCUCCACAAGUUAACACCGUUCCUAUUGGAAGACCUCCACAGGGAGGUUUCGUACCUCCUCCUCAAGGCUAUCAAGGCGUUCCUCCUCCUCAGGGCCAUCCAGGCGUUCCUCCACAGGGUCACUUGCCUCAACCGGCGGCGCCUCCCCAAAAUCAUGGUGCUCAGCCUUUCCCCAAUCUAGGUGGUAGGCCUCAGGAGCCUACUCAAGUCCAGAAGUCUCCAAGAAUGAGUGUCAACACCGCUAUGCAAGGAAAGCAUCCUGAAAAGGGAGCCUCGUUGAGCCCAUAUGUUCCUGUUUCGGGACCCUAUGCUCCCGGAGCUAGAGGCCACUCGCGGACCAGCUCAAUUGUUGGUGGCAAGGCCAAGGAAGGAAACCCAUACGCUCCGGUGCAAGGUGGCCCACCCCCCACUCAACAGCACGCAAAGGGUGCUGUACCUCCACCAGGGUUCCACGGAACCAGGGCAAGAGGCGCCUCUUUGAACAGGAAAUCGAACCCAAAGGUGCAGAACCCAGCCGCUUUGCUAGAGAGACAAUUUCCAAUCUUUCAUUGGAACAGUUCUCAAAAUGUGGCUUUCAUGAUUCCUCAUCAGCCAGUGAGUUCCUUUGACCCAUUGAUUAGAAAAAUCCAGGUUGAGAAGGUUUCUGAUGUUGCAAGCAAACACAACCUUUACAAUGACUUCCCAGGACCAUUGGUGAAGGGCAAGGUCAAGAAGAAGGAUAUGGAACUCUGGUUGCAAAAGGUGAUAACAUCUACUGAGGCUGAAAACCCGGCUUCCGAUGAAGUGGUCCUUGCCAAGAUUCUUCUUUUGCUUGUUAAGUUUGACGGAAACUUCCGAAACGAAGAGUUGUUGUUGGAGAUUGCCAAGGUGCUCACUCCUAACGUUGACUACAACCAGGAGACGCCAGCUGCUUCCAUGUCAGUUGGAGGACAAGCCAUUUCUGCCAAUGCCUAUAAGCUUGAUAAUCAAGGCAUUAACAGUGUCUGGAGCUUGAUUCAGACCGGUAAGACAGAGGAGGCAUUGUCCAUCGCAAUGUCUAAGGGUGAUUGGGCGCUUUCGUUCAUCAUUGCUUCCUCCAUUGGUCAGGAAAGAUUUGCGAAGGUUGCCUCGGAUUACGCUAGAAUAUCGUUUCCAUUCCAGAAGGGUCUGAUCGCCAAAGUGCAACAUCUCAUGCCAAUUCUCAUGAAGAUCUUUGUCGGAAACUCCGCUGGUGUGAUCAGCGACUUCGAGAACGUCGCCACUGAAGGUGAAUUUGCAAGGAUGUAUUAUAAGGAAAUCCUCGCUGCUGCCAUUGUCAACAACUGCAACACCAACUUCCUAGUGGACUUUGGCAACUUCUUAUCGAAAUCUGGCAUGACCACUGCUAGCGAGCUUUGCUUCAUCAUUGGAGGAUUAGUCAUGACUCCUUCUCCACUCACAAACGGUGCUUCAUUCCAAGCUGUUGGUGUUUUCACACUGACCUCGGUUUACUCCGAAAUUUACGAGUACAUUUUGCUGGUUUCGCCGGCAACACUGAACACAAUACCUCCAACAGGCUUACCUCACUUGCUUCUGUUCAAGUUGAGACGUGCCCAGACUCUUGCUGACUUCGGCUGCUUUACCGAAGCAAGAAGAUAUUGUGAUUUGAUUGGCAGUACCAUGAGGACUCUCGGUAAAUCGCCAUACGUAAGUCCAGGGUUGACUCAUGAAUUUCAGGAUUUGCUCAUCAGGUUAUCUAACUCUGGAGCUUCUGAUUCGAGUUGGCUUGGUGCCAAAUUGAGGAGCAGAGUUAACAUGGACAAAAUGUGGGGACAUCUUGACAAAAUUAUUGGAGGUGAGGAUUCAACCCCCAAGCCACAAGACACUGGCGUUUUCCGCAAUUACAGUCCUUCGCUUUCUCGCAAUGCUUCCACCCUAGACAUUACUCAACAAUUGCCAAACGGAACUCAAAUACGCCCCGAUUUGAACAGAACAGCGUCGCUCGCAUCAGCGCCAGCUGGACAUACAGACUUCAGUCCUGUUCAGCCACAAGCUCGUGGAAGCACACUGAGAUAUGCGCCAGGCGGUCCAGGGAGCUACAAAAAGGCACCUUCCUUGCUGGGCCAGUCAAGUUUCCAGCUGGGCCUUCCUCAACAUCCCACCCACAAAAGAAUUCCAAGCAACGGCUCGCUGCCUAAUGUGGCUCUUGAUCCAAGUCCAGUGAACGAGGAUGCCAAGCCGCCAUUGAAGCAGGCCUCCUCGUUUGCUCCAAGACAGCCUCCAAUCCCUCGUAACCCGUUGUACAGCAAUCGUUCCGGUCAGGUGUCUGCGCUGUCAAUCGUGUCAUCUCACGUUAGCCCACAGCAGAACCAGCAGAGACACAAUGACCAGCAUGAAAGAUUUGAGUUACCAGACCUUGAUGUAACUAAUGAACAUCCGGUUAUGGAACGCUCACCAAGAGGUCUUGAGAAGGGUCACUUCAGGACUUCGCUGUUACAGAGUGAGGUGCAAGAUGGAAUUGAUGGCAAUGAGGACAACCAUGUACCUGAUACUAUUGAGGAGAAAUCAGAGGAGUCUUCUAGCCAGCGCCCAUCUAGAGGUGAGUUAUUGCCAAAGAAGGAGGAAUCAGAGCCAGAGCCAGAGCCUGAGCACAAGCCCACACCAUCAGAGGAGCCUGAAGAGAAGGAUGAACCAAAGAAGGAUGACGCUUCUGUGCCACCACCACCUAUCUCCACUAGGAAGUCUCUUCCUCAAAGAGCCAAUCCUUACGCUCCAGGAGGAUCCAGAGGCCAGGCUCGCGGCUCCAACUCCAACAGGUAUGGACCAGGAAAGACGGCCAACAAGUACGCAUCUCCACAUCCCUCUCAACAUAAGGAUUUCUUGGAGAAGUCCACGCCCAAUAUGUCAACUAAUGAGGUUUUAGGUCAUGAUCAGAAUGGUGAUGCCGAGAACGAGGUUUCUAAAGCCGAAGAGGAUAAGGAGAAGGAGAAGGAAGGCGAGGACGAAGAGGCCCCCUCUGACUCCCCAGCUUCAGGCCCUUCGCCUCAACCUGAAGCACCUAGUCAGGCCCCUCCUGCAAGAGGACCACCUCCAAGAAAUGGCCCCUCCAAACCAAGUGGUCCACCAGGUAGAAGAGCCAAUCCUUACGCACCAGCUCCCAAGAACCCUUAUGCGCCACCUGGGGAGCUGACCAAGCAGCCUGAGAAGAACACCUCGAAGCCUCCAGCAAACGUGGAUAUCAGUGUUGACUACGGUGCAGAUGAAAGCGUGGACACUUCCGAGGACACCAAGCCACCAAUGCCUGGCAGAGUGGUUUCUCCAACUGCCAGGGCCGACUAUGCCAACCCAUUCCAGCAUGAGAAGGCACCAGUUGAAGGUGGUCUUGAAGACUUCUCCAUACCUGGCUCGCCGGAGUACACCACCAGAGCCAAUUCGGUCAUUGGCCACAAUGGCUUGUUUUCCAGCAAGUUGUCUCAAUCUCAACAGUCGGUAAUGUAUCAGCAGUACGAGGUGAAGGAUGACACUGUUCACGACUACGUUCCCGUUCCUGAGGAUGAAGAGGACGAGGAGGAGAAGAGAAUCAAGAAGAGAAAGGAGGAGAGUGCUGCUGCCGCCCAACAGAACGAAGCAAGAAGACCAGCACAAGAAAGCGAGGGUUGGUUGAGCAGGUUGAGAGGAAGGAGGCAAGACGACAAGCCGAAGCCAAUCAAGGCUAAGCUUGGACAAGAGAGCACCUUCUACUACGACGAUGAACUCAAGAGAUGGAUUGACAAGAGCAGACCCCUCGAGGAGCAGAUCAAGGAGCUGGCACCACCACCACCUCCAAUGAAGAAGAAGGUUGCGCCUAAAGCGGAACCAAAGGCCAGUUCUCCAGAGGCUGGCAAGCCACAAGCACCUUCUGAAAGCAACUCCGAAGCACCUUCGGCCCCCAAGGGUCCCACUCCUCGAGCAGCUCGUGCUGCCCCAAGAGGGAACUUGGCGAAUGCCAACUUGGACGACCUUUUGUCGUUGAGCAGCGGAGCUCCUGCUGGAGGCCGCAAGCAAAAGAGAAGAUACGUGAAUGUGCUUGAGAAGAAGUGA